AUGCCUGCACGAAUUCUCGUCACGGGCGGCACUGGCCUCGUGGGGCAAGGCAUCAAGUACGCUAUUGAGACCGAGCCAGUGAACUCGCACUUCGGGAAGCGGGAUGGUGAGGAGUGGAUCUUCAUCGGCUCUUCGGAGGCGGAUCUGAGAAAUAAGGGGCAGACCGAGAAGCUGUUCGAGAAAUAUCAGCCCACUCAUGACAUCCAUCUAGCUGCGCGUGUUGGCGGCGUAUUUGCGAACAUGGCAAGGAAGCUCGACUUCUUGCGCGACAAUCUUCUUAUCAACGACAACGUGUUGCACACUGCGCAUGAGUUUAAGGUCAAGAAGGUCAUCUCCUGUCUCUCGACUUGCGUGUACCCCGACAAAGUCGAGUAUCCACUUGACGAGACCAAGAUUCAUCUCGGCCUCCCGCACGAGUCGAACUUUGGCUACUCGCAUGCGAAGCGACUCGUUGACAUUCAAAAUCGCGCGUACAGGGAGCAAUUUGGUGACAUUAUCACAUCUGCGAUCCCUACGAGUGUGUUUGGUCCUCAUGACAACUUCGACUUGGAGAGUGCGCAUGUUCUUCCCGCGCUUAUUCAUAGAUGUUAUCUCUCGAAGACCAACAAUACACCCUUUGUUGUUUGGGGCUCCGGCAAGGCCCUAAGGCAGUUCAUCUACUCGCGCGACUUAGCAAAGCUUUUCGUCUGGAUGCUCCACAGCUAUGACUCUGUCGAACCGCUCAUCCUCUCCGUGGGGGAGGACGAAGAAAUCACCAUCAAGCAAGCCGCAGACGCGGUCGUCAAAGCGGUCGGCUUCAAGGGUGAGUACCAGUUCGAUACGACCAAGUCGGACGGCCAGUUCCGCAAGCCUGCAACAAACAAGAAACUGCUGGGGCUUCUGAAGGAUACCGAUUUCAGGUUCACGCCUUUUGAUCGAGCCCUGGAUGAGAUGGUGCAAUGGUUCCUACAAAACUACAUGGAUGCUCGGACAGGCAAGCCGCAGUAGCGAUGGCCAUGGGUUUAAGGCUAUACUCACUUCUCAAAUUCCGUGAGACUCCUACACGAGAUACCGUGAUCUCCAAUCGCGGGCAACCGGUAUACAUAGAUCUCGAUAGGCCAUGAACAUACAAUCGAUCAAUAG